AUGGACUCAUUUCUAAUCUUACCUUUUCUGGACAAAGGUAUUUCAGUAUCUGUAGACAAGAUGGAAUCAACUCCAUUUAAUAGACGGCAAUGGACUUCAGUAUCAUUGAGGGUAACGGCCAAAGAACUUUCUCUUGUCAACAAGAACAAGUCAUCGGCUAUUGUAGAAAUAUUCUCCAAGUACCAGAAAGCCGCUGAAGAAGCAAACAUGGAAAAGAGAAGAAGUAACACUGAAAAUCUCCCCCAGCACGUUAGAAGGGGGAUCCUGACUGUGUUAAAGAAGAAGUGGGAGAACCCAGCCCUGGGAACGGAGUCUCACACGGACUCCCUGCAAAACGGCAGCGCUGAGGUCAGACACGGAGGCAACCGUCCUCCCGGUGAAGUGGCAAGAAGGUCUGCCUCUGGGGCCGAAGCUGACCAAGAAGAACCCGUCCAUCCCAGACCUAGACUAGGAUCGCCUUCUGAAGCCCUCAAUCGGUAUCCGUAUCCCCGCACCCAGGGCAGUGAGCAUCUUAAAGACCACUCGAAAGAAAGUAAAAAAAUGGAAAAUUGUCUAGGAGAAUCCAGGCAUGAAGUAGGAAAACCCGAAAUCAGUGAAAACACAGAAGCUGCAAACAAAAUAGAGAAAUAUAAUGUUCCGCUGAACAGGCUUAAGAUGAUGUUUGAGAAAGGUGAACCAACUCAAACCAAGCAGAUUCUUCGGACCCAAAGCCGUAGUGCAGGUGGAAGGAGGAUCUCUGAAAACAGCUAUUCUCUGGAUGAUUUGGAAAUAGGCCCAGGUAAGCAGAGUUCCAUGAAGUCUAUUUGUGAAAGCCAAGGUGUACCCUUGUGGGAUUACAAGGCAAAUAAUGCCAGCAGUUUUGGCUUCAUGGGCAUCUGGGGCUUGAGGGCUGCCAUGGAUGGGCGGUUCCCUCUGUCAAGAUUGCUUAUCCUGGGGCACAAUGACUUGAGAGCCAAUGGUGGUGAAAUAAAAACUCAUAAGUUGGAGCAAAAGGAGAAUGUGCCCCCAGAUCCUGAGGUCUGCAUCUCCCAUCAGGUUGGAGAAAAGGUUUCUGCAACUGAGAAUAGCCUGGCAAUCCGUCCCACCCCUGCUGAAGAUGACUCCCCAGGUAACUUCCUGGUUAAGAGUGAGGUCCAGCAGCCUGUCCAUCCCAAGCCACUAAAUCCAGAUGCCAGAGCCUCCAGCCUCUCUGAGAGUUCUCCUCCCAAAGCAUUGAAGGACAGACCCUCGCUGCUGAUGGAUGUGGAGAGAAAAGAUGGCAGACUGCAUGAGAGGACACACACUUUGCACCCCCUCUGUGCCCUGUCAGCUGUCCCUUCUUCUCUGGACAGGAAGUUUCAGGCACCUGCAAGAGAGACUUGUGUGGAAUGUCAGAAGACAGUCUACCCGAUGGAGCGUCUCUUAGCCAACCAGCAGGUGUUUCACAUCAGUUGCUUCCGGUGCUCCUAUUGCAACAACAAACUUAGUCUAGGAACAUAUGCAUCUUUACAUGGGAGAAUCUACUGUAAGCCUCACUUCAAUCAACUCUUUAAAGCUAAAGGCAACUAUGAUGAAGGCUUUGGACACAGACCACACAAGGAUCUGUGGGCAAGCAAAAAUGAAAAUGAAGGGACUUUGGAGAGACCAGCCCAGCUUCCAAUUGCAGGGGAGACCCCUCAGAGCCCAGGGGUCGAAGAUGCCCCCAUUGCUAAGGUGGGUGUGCUUACAGCAAGUAUGGAAGCCAAGGCAUCCUCUCAGCCAGAGAAAGAAGACAAGCCAGCUGAAACCAAGAAGUUGAAGAUAGCCUGGCCACCCCCCACUGAACUUGGUAGUUCAGGAAGUACCUUAGAGGAAGGGAUCAAAGUAUCCAAGCCCAAAUGGCCUCCUGAGGAUGAAAUCAGCAAGCCUGAAGCUCCCGAGGAUGUGGAUCUGGAUCUGAAGAAGCUAAGACGAUCUUCUUCACUGAAGGAAAGAAGCCGUCCAUUCACUGUGGCAGCUUCGUUUCGAACCACUUCAGUCAAGAGCCCCAAAAUCCUAUCCCCACCUAUAAGGAAAGGCUGGAGCAUGUCAGAGCAGAGUGAGGAGUUUAUAGGAGGAAUGGCAGCAGAAAGGAAACAAGUGGAAAAUGCCAGUGCCUCCGAAAAGAAUGGUAGUGUGGGAAAAACAACCAGGCAAAACAAAGAAUCUAAAGGAGGGGAGGCAGGGAGGAGAAGUAAGGAAGAUCAUGGUUUCGAGAUGGGGAGUGAGAAUCUUAUAGAAAAUGGUGCAAGCUUAGAUGAAAAUGAUAGAAACCUCAAAGAGCAGUCCCCACUAGAACCCAAGUCUACAAAUUGGUCCAGCUUUGCAGAAAGCACCUCCCCUAAAGAAUUCACUACCCAGCAUCAGAAAUCCCAGGAUGUGGGAUUCUGGGAGGGAGAAGUAGUCAAGGAGCUGUCUGUGGAGGAACAGAUAAAAAGAAAUCGGUACUACGAUGAGGAUGAGGAUGAUGAGGAAUGA